AUGUUGGCAUCUGAUGAUGUUGCAACUUCAGCUGUAAUUCAGCAACAAGAAACUUCUAUUUCAAAAGAAACUGCACCCUCAGUUGCCGAUAAAGUAGGAGAAAGUGAUAUAAAAGAUAAAUUACCAGAACCUGAAACUGCUCAUUCUGCUAUUCAAGUUGUAAUUCAACCUGAAACUCCAAUUCUUGCACCUUCUGAUUCACCUAUGAUAGCUAAAGAUGAACAAAUUGCGGUCCAACCGCCCGCAGCCCCGCACCUCUUCCCGAACAGCCCGCAGCACCCGCACCUCUUCCCGAACAGCCCGCAGCCCCCGCACCUUUCCCGAACAGCCGCAGCCCCCGCACCUCUUCCCGAAAAACCUGCAGCCCCCGCACCUCUUCCCGAACAGCCAGCAGCCCCCGCAACUCUUCCAGAACAGCCAGCAGCCCCCGCACCCAUUCCCGAACAGCCUGCAGCCCCCGCACCUAUUCCGAACAGCCUGCAGCCCCCGCACCUAUUCCCGAACAGCCUGCAGCCCCCCACCUAUUCCGAACAGCCUGCAGCCCCCGCACCUCUUCCCGAACAGCCGGCAGCUGCUUCUACAUGUGAACUUCCGGUAGCUACUUCUGUUAUUGUUCCAUCCGAAGUGCCUGACUUGGCUCAAAAUGAAGUGCCUGUUCUCUCUGAUGCCAAUGUGAUAACAACUCAAGUUGCCCCGAUUAUUCCUCAAACAGAAAUUCCAGAAGCUAAACAAGAAGUAUCAGCCACAGUUAAUGAAUGUGAUACAAUGGUGCAGGCGCCGAAAAUUGAUUCAACUGAAAAAGUUGUAGAAGAAAAAGACUCCAGCAAACAAAUUGAUGACGAUUUACCUUCACCUCCUCCAUCACCAGCAUCUGGAUAUGAAGCUCAAUUAAAUACUGAUUCGAUAACAACUAAAACUGAAUCAGGAGAAAAUUUACCAUCACCGCCUCCUUCUCCCCUAUCAGCUCAGGACACUUCAGUUUCAGAAUCUGUAGCAGCUAACACAAUCACAGAGGAUCAGUUGCCUUCACCACCUCAAUCACCUGAGAUUUCAAAUCGAGAUGAUAAACCAAAAGAGGUAACGGUGGGAUCUUUUGAUGAUCUCGCUCCCUUGCCGCCACCGCCUACAGUGGCAACUGAAGGGCAAAAUGGCAACAUUAUGUGCCCUCCAUCUCCACAUGAAAUGAGCAACGGAGUCUCUGAGAAACAGCCAGCCCAACAGGAAAAAUCAAGUGACAUGGCAGAGGUUUCGGCUACUGAAAGUACGUUAAGUGAUAUGAGCAUCACAAAAGAUAUUACAGAAAAAAUUGCAGGCAUGAUGCUAGAUGAUGUUCCUCCAGUCGAUAUACCUGUACCAACAGAAUCAACAGUGGCCAUUGCUGAAAAUUAAAUUUAGAAUUAUAAUAAGUGAUAUGACUUCUUCGUACCAAAUCUAAAAUUAUUUCUAGGCUCAAAAAUAAACUGAGACUGAUUUUAUUAACCACUGAUUUAAAUUUUAACAAUAGCUCAUUUUAAUGCAAUUAAAUUUAGAUUGAUAAUUUGCAAGUACAUUAACAUUUGUAAUAGAUUUUAAUAUCAAUUGAAAAGUAAAUUACAAAUUCUGUUUAAUUUUAGAAACACCAACAAUAAAUUGAAUUUUAGAUAAAUUUUUAUAUAUAUGGCCUAUACUCU